GCGGGUUUUCCCUUCCUUUCUUUUUCUCCCCCUUCUUUUUUUGCUUCUUGCCCUGCUGACGACUGCCAAUACGGGCCCGACUCUGCAAAUCGGCAUCGUGAAACGAAGCGUGCCAUUGCUUGGCAACCCCAUUCAUGCAACUUCAUCUCCUUCUUCGCCAUGGGCCCCUGCGCCUGUGUCUGCACGGAGUACUUGUGUACGGGGUACAGUGUUGUAUGCUACUCCUACUCCGUACUGCACAGAGCUGCAGUCAUUAGGUCGGUCGGCCGAGUCGCUCUGGCCCUGGACUGGACAAGCAGACGGGUUGGUUGAAGCUGGGAGGUUGCACCUGGCCAUUCAAGAACCGACCAAACCAUAUUCUGCCAAGUCGACGAGCCAAUGCACAACACAUUAUCGGGGAAUUUGGCGGCGGGAGACGGUAGCCAGGGACCACACCACCAGGACUCGGGCGGUGGCUUUCAGCCCUGGAGCAAGGGAGGUCUCCCAGCCUGCCAGCCUGCCAGCCUGUCAGCCAGGGGUCUCCACAAGCGGGCUGAGCGGGCGAGCCCGAGCCGGAGAAUGGAACCUUAUUCUAUUAAUGUGUUGCAAACGCCUGCACCACCCGCUCACCCUCUGGCAAGGGCGGCCACCCUCCACCACGGCCCUCGCCCUACGCAGCCUGACAUCGUGACCCUCACAUGCCUCAACAACAACAAGGAACCCAGAGCAAAGCAGCAGGUCCAGUACCUCUUGCCCCAGCACCAGAGAAGCCACAUCGUCAUCGAUGUCGACUGUGCUUGGCCCCCCAUGGCCCUCUCCCCCAUCACUCAGGCUCACCGCUGCAGUGUUGGUGUCCUUUGCAACCCUGCUUUGGCAGCUGGGGAUGCAGAUAAGUCUCGUGCGCGGCUGUCAACCGUCGUCAUGAGAUGAGCUGCUGGUGGUUGGUGGUGACAUCCCCCCCCUCCCCCAAUUUACAACCCGGUCGAGGCGUGCGCACACCUUGUCCACCCGCCCGCCACUGGCCCGGCAUAGUGCAAGGGAGAUAGGCGAGAUGCGGCAUGGGCACGAGCCAGAAGUUAGAACAGGUAUUGCACCCACCUCAUGGUCAGUGGUCAAGCUUCGGCCUCCUUUCUAUUUGGAGGCCAAGCAGGCCAUGCACUCCGGCCGGCCUCCGCCAAGACUGAGCUGUGUGUCAUGGUGGCUCGGAAAGGCUUUCCCUCCGUCUCAUCUGCCCAACUGCAAAACAUCGGCGGACACACCACGACGGCUCCGGCCAGUCUCCACUAUGCACUUUCGGGACGAUCUACUGCCGAUUUCAGGGCACACAGAGCACCGCAGCCCUGAGGGCGGCCGCCGGCGAUGUUAUGGUAAUAGACUUGAGCCCAAGGGAGGCUCGCUGGGCCUGCCCGCCCCUACACGUGACUGAUUGCAUCUUGGGAGCUCGUGUUCCGGGUCCCACGCCUUCAUCCAGCAGGGUGUCAUGAUGCGGUGCAUCUUUGCUGUGGUACUCCUCCGGGGCUCGACACGAAAUCCGCCCUGUGGGGCGCACAAAUGCCCCUGCUGGUGAUGAAUGGCCGGGUGGGAAGUGGACGAUCAAACAUUGACAACAUUGCGAAGAAUGUUUCGUCCACACCGUUCCGCACUUGUAAACGGGCAGAGAUCCUUGCACGGACGUGCCAAAACAAGGCCUGAGGUCGCAGCACCUGAGCCUUGUGGCCUCUGCGCGUGCAGAACUGUCUGGCUGUGCAUGGUCAUGGCAGCUGUGUGAUCAGUCCCGCGGAUGCUGCAAGACCAAGCUGGGCAGCCCAAGCGCACAACACCCACACCGCCGCCCGCCUCGGCGUGUCUCGCUCGCUGCACGGCAGGGCCGCAAGCUCCUUCUCACAUGAAAGAAAACACCUGGCAAGCAACGUCUUGCUGCUCUGCCAGCCGACCGCUGACUGCCCUCGUCCUCGUCGGCAUGCCAGGUCUCUCCUCCUGGCUUGACAUGGCAGCUUCCCCGGCAGUCAGGUGCCCAACCUUGACUCUGCCAGUCGUGGCUGGUUUCUGAGGCUCACAGCCUGGGGGAUCUGGGGCUCUCAUCUUCACCACCACCCCGGGACCCUGCUCUCCAGAGAAACGUAUGCGACCCCACCUGCCCACCCCGGACGGCGGACGCUAGCCACCCCAGCAGGGAGAGCUCCUGGACAGGGCCUGUGAUGGUUGGCUCUUGACUGGUCUAAAUUCAGAGCUACUGCCGCUCAAGCGACCUCCAUCCCUCGGGAGGAAAUCCCGAGGCCUAGAUUUUCCAAAAAGUCUCGACUUUGAGGACCUCCAUCAAGCCUUUGCUGUGUCCCCGGGGCCCCUUCGGUGACUGUCGUCGUCCUAAGCAGAGCUCCUCAUUUCCCGGGACACAGUUUGUACCACCGUGCAAGACUGAUAUGCCCAGCACCACCUCAAGCGCCCAGUUGUCUCUCAAACGGGGUGAGCAUUUCAAAUUGCGCAGGCCGUGUGCGACAGACUCUCAGCUGGGCCCCAAGCCCAUAUCACCUCAACUUCGAUCCGGGGCUCUCUCAACCAUCUAGACCGUGCGGAAUGGCCAAGGGCACCACGUGUUAUCAGAGAAACACCUUCCUCGCAAUGGGCCCUCAGUAGACGUCGACGGCGAGCCCGGAGCCUCACGACAGUGAUUCUCCUUCGACUUUCGCCCCCGGCCCGCUCCAGCACCCAAGAGGGACACAAUCACGGACGCCACACGCCGUCACAAUUUCUCGUCCCUGUACGCAAUUCGACACACUGCAGUGAGGGACGAAUCUUGGGUCACAUGGGGCGCACCCACCGUGCAUUCCUGCUCAAGGUCUUGCAACCUCCCGGCUCUCUGCUAUGUUUUAAGGCCACCGAAUCCCUCGGAAAGGUGAGAUAUACCGCUCAGGCACAAAUGCCACAGGCCAGAUUUCGAGACACGACAUUUGGCUUCUUCAAGCAUCAGGCUUCCCGCUCCAGUAACGCAUUAGCUGCUUGAACAAGACGCACACAGGGACCGCCCGGCCCCGGUCCCGACGGGGCGAAUCGCGGGCUUCUUGCAGAUUUCCUGAACAACUAGCACAACGGUCAAAUCACUUACUACCUAUGGUCACCGACUCAACGAUACAGCCAUACCAACCUCGUAUCUACCCUCAUCUACCCACCACUGUCACCAAUUGAGGCCACAUUGGCAAUUGAUCUGGGCCGUUUCCCCAUUUUCGCCAGUGCGCGAACCCUCACCUGCUUGGUAUUCCCAAUAGUUUCGUUUCCACAUCGGCCUCCUCGUGCCACCAGUCCACUCCAAGCCGGUGCGGAACGGCACGGCCCUUGCGCCGCAGCCCUACUUCCUUUUCUCCCCGAGAUAUCAGUAGCCGUGGCGGCUUACGGGGCACCGCCAGGUGCUGUCUCGUCGGGCUUCGGCCCUGACGGAGGCAGUGUGGUGGCUGCACGCCAGCGGCAUCAGUCUCGUUCUCGCGGCCAACACCAUCCCUCAAUCCCUCCAUCGCCAUAUUCAGCUCACCACCACCUGCCCGGUCCUCAACCGAACCCUUACUCCGCUUACGGAAUCGAUAAUGCCUCGCCAACGUACACCACCAGUGCCAGCAGCGGUGGAGGGAACUACACCACGAGUCCAGCGCCGCAUGGCCACUUUGAAAUCCCAGCUGCCAAGCGACAAAGGGUUUCCGAGGCAGGCAUCUCACGACGACCUAGUCAGACUGCUAGCCAUUCGGCGACGGCUAGCCCCCGGAAUUCGCACGUGAUGGAUGGGCAGACUCCACCAACCUUCUCCAGGGCGACGGAGGUGUCCACAGGACGCGAGAAGGUCGUCAGUCGAGGAGAGAGCGAGAGCAGGGAGCAGGGAGCGCCAUCAGCGUCGCCGACGGUGGCCAAGCCUAAGCGUGUGCGAACGGGAUGCUUGACGUGCCGCAAUCGACAUCUCAAAUGUGACGAAGCCUUGCCGACCUGUCUAAACUGCCAGAAAAGCAAUCGAAAAUGCGAGCGUGGAGUGCGGCUUAAUUUUAUAGACCUGAAGGUGGAGCAGCCACCAGUCUUGCUACCACCAGUAGAUUGGAAAGUCAAAUUCCAAGACGAAUCUCGACAAAUUGCUUCCGAGUAUGUUGGGGGUGCAGCGAAAUAUGCGAAACUAGCAUCGCGGCCAGUCUCACCGUCACGGGCGACAGCGGGCGUGGGGACUCGACUUCCACGUCCAGGGCCAGCCAUCGAUCUACCGCCUAGCCGGGUCAUGGAGAGCAACAGGAGUGCUCCGUUCGCCUCUAGUCAUGCCGUGUACUACUCUGGGGGGUUGUCUCGGCCCACGCACGACCAGCCUUUCGCGAGUUAUGAAGAUCAACUCGCUCACACGCAUUCACGAAAAAGCAGCGACGCAUUUCUUGCCCUGAGCUCCGGGCCCACUCCCGGAUCAUCUCAUUCUGGUGGCGGGGGCAGGGCGCCAUCAUUCAGCGUGGGCCCGCUGCACGAUCCGUACGCCAUGCGGGAGGAAGCUUAUCACGCGGGCUAUGGGUAUAGAUCGGGUGACGGUUCCAGCGUAGCAUCAUCCCUCGUGCCUCAGGGAGUUGCUGCUUCCUCCUCAGGGUCGUACCGACACGCCACCGGAUCUGGCGCCCCAGACCCGCAUGAUGGACUCAUGACACCGCAGUCCGAGAAGACUGGAGAACGGGACUACCUGAACACCCCAGAAGAGAUCCAUUACAUGCAGGUCUUUAUUGAGGAUGUGGCGGUGUGGAUGGACAGCCUGGACAACCAGAAACAUUUCGGCCGCAUAAUACCGUACCUCGCUCUGAAAUCGCCGAUGCUGCUCAAUGCAUUUUUCGCAUGCGGUGUCAAGCAUCUGACCCUGGUUAGUGGCGGCAGCUACAAAGAUGACAAGGCUUUAUACUACUAUGACACGGCAACGACACAGCUGCUUAGAAGCCUGCAGAACCCCGAGCGUGACACGGAAGAAUGCGCGACAACUGCGGUGGUGCUGAACGUUUACGAAAUCAUGAGCGAGAGACCGGCUGCGAGGAUGAACCACAUCGCUGGGGCACGAGCUCUGAUCCGCGAGUGCAAGUGGAACGCGAAGAGUACAGGUAUCGGGGCAGCAUGCUUUUGGCUCAAUGUCGGAAUGGAGAUUCUGAGCUGCUUGGCGCAUAACUGGGCAAUAGAAUGGGAUCCGGACCACUGGGGCAUUGAUCCAAAUGAGUUGAUGGAUAUGACCGCCGACUCACCGAGCCGCGAGAGCAAGGUUUCGAAUUCGAGCGAGGCUGAGCACCACACGGCCGGAACAGCAGCCGAGGAGUUGCCAUUACUGCUGAGCAGCAUUGCAGGGGUUGGGAACGAGGAGAUCUGGGUUCACAGGAUACUAUACAUCGUGGCCAAGGUGGCCAACUUCAGGGCGAGCAUACCACAAUUUCAGGAGCCGAACCCGCAUGACGAACAGGUUAAAAUGCAGGGCCGGUUCCAGGAAUGGCAGCAACUGAAGCACUGGUGCGAUACAUGGAAUACGAACUGUCCGAGGUCGUUGAGGCCGUAUGGAUAUCUCUUUGCGGCCUCGACGAAAUCGGCAUUUCCAAAUGUUUGGCUCAUCAAACGCGUCGCUAUUGUAGGCCGCCUAUUCUACCACACUGCCAUGUGUCUGCUCGCCCAAAUCAACCCUUUGAAGCCUCCACAUCACGAUGACGAGGAGUCGCGAAUCCAGCAGCUCCACCACGCACACCAAGUCUGCGGCAUCAUUGCGCACACAAAGGACGCCGGAGUCUCAUCCGUCGCGAUCCGGUCCCUUGCCAUCGCGGGAGCUGUGCUGCGGGACCCGAGGGAACAGAACGAGGUCCUGGCGAUGGUGAACCGGGUCUUCCGCAUAACUGGGUGGAAUCUCAAGGGAAUUGUCGGAGAGCUGAGGAGGGCAUGGGGCUGGGAUCCACCGGAUGUGCCGCCCAGUACGGCGACUUCUACAGGCCCGUCCCUGCCACCUCACAAUGCCCCUGCUUCUGUUAUCGCCCCUGCGGCACAGGGCGGAACCCUAGGCGCGGCCGCGGUGCUAAACCAGCUCUUCGGGCCACGCGAUCCGCCGGCGCAGCCCACAAUGCAGCAGCAGCAGGAUGACGCGCGGCGCACAUCGCAGCCUUCUCAGCCACCACUGCCACCGGUCAUGCCGCCUGCUGCGGUCGCCGCGGCGGCAGAGCGACACCGGCACGCGUCGCUCACCAGCAACCCGACACCGCCCGUCCUUCCAUCGUACUCGGUGUUCUCAGCAGGGUCCGCCAACACGGCGGCGGGGGCGGCUGGGGGCGGCGCGAGGCAUAGCAGUAUCGCCAGCAGCAACCACCCCAGCCCGGCCGGCACGGCGCACACGCCCGCAUCGGUGUCGAGCACAGCGGCGAACGCGCCGACGCCGCCGUCGCGACCCAUGGUCAACCCAUUGCUGGCGCAGGCGGAUUUCAACCAGCCAAAUCACCCCUACCGCGAGUGGUACAAGCCUCCUGAGAAGGGGAGCGGCUCGCACCACUCGUUUGGGUCGGGCGGAGGGGGGCUGUGGCCUUACUAGCUUCCCAUAGGGGAGGAGCUAGCUAUUCUUUCGUGUGAGGGAGGUGUCGGGACGGAUGUUUCGGCCAUCAUGUGAUUCUGCAUGAUGGUCUUGGGAGGAUCUUUCAUCAUUCAUACAUAUAUAUGGCGUUUUUCUGGGAUCGUGGGACCGAUCUUGCAUGGGUAAGGCGUGAGCAAGCGAAUUAUGACGGGUUUUCUUGUUUUCUUCAAGGGAAUUGGGUUAAAGUGCGGCCCCUCACUGGUGAGAGGGACAGGCAGGUUGUGCAUGAUACCCAUUCAUAUCACUGGCAGCAGGCAGUACAGCGACACAGUAUACAGUAUAGAACCAGGUUGUCCCGGAUGCAUAAUCAAAACCGGAACCAAAUCUAGUUUACACCUACUCAGUGGGCUUAAACGAAUGCUUCAUUUGCGUUAUGCUCCUCG